AUGACAGUCGACGAUGACUUGGAAGCCGACGAAAAUGAAAAUGAAAAACGGUCUAACCCAGCUUGGCCAUUUGUAUUUCCCCACAAUUUUGCAUUGACCCCACCCACUGUAUCUUUAGAUUCUCGUCUAGAUGACGAUGAAGGUGCUGAAGACAGUGAUUAUGAUUACGACGACGAAGACGAAGACGAAGACGAAAAUGCAUUCAACCAACUCUACGCCCGCAAUAAGUCUCUUUCCACUGCUCCACCCGAGAUUGUUCAUGAGCGUUUAGAAUGGCAACAAAUGCUUCAAUCUGUCUUGAUGGGCGAAGUUAUAAAAUCUGAAAAGAAAAGACUCUUGAGCACAGACCAAUUCCAACUCCAGAAACCAAUCGAAGAAAUAUGGCUCUCCUUGAGAGCUCUUUUACGUAACCGUGGAAUCAACGAAGAACAGAAAUAUUUACAGGAGAGCAGAAAAGAGAUUGACAGUGUGAUCGAUAGGGUAAACAAGUUUAAGGUUGAUGACACAAGUGACCAAUCGCCACUAGUCCAAGUAGCAGAAACUCUUAAAAGCGUCGAUCGUAUGGAGUCUUUAUACGCUACCCGAGCCGACACAAUGGCAGCACAUCCCAAAUAUGGAGAACCAGCUUUUCAAGUAAGGCUCGAUGCUCUAAAUGCCUGGUAUACCAUUACCCGUAGUCUUCAGAUGCAACUCAAGAUCCUCAGGGACUGGACAGGCUCAGAAGACCUUCAGAUCGCAAGAAAACAAGUUGAUCUCGACGACACAUCUCCAAUGUCUUCCUUCCUUCAUGUCAGACGUCACAAUGAUCCAUCUUUUCUUGAGCGUAUCUUAAAGGAGUCUGCUCUUCAAGACACUUUUGACAAACGUACCUUAUCUGCCCUUAAUUGUCUUUUGUUGAAAUCAAAACAAACAAUGGUAGAGAAUAGCAGUCUUUUCCAGGAAAUGAACAUGCCGCCAUUUAUUGCCCAGUUACGUCAACUUGCCCAUUUUCCUAUUUCGCUCGUAGAAGAAGCCCUCAAACUACGCCUGGAAUACAAAGACCGUCUCAGCGAAACUCCAAGUCAAAUGGUAGAUGCGAUGAUGGAAGAUUAUCGUGGACUACUCGCACUCGCAUGUCGAGUCAAGCGCCAACAUGAGGAACUUAUAUCUCCUGCUCCAGGGUGGGAGUUUAAGGACUCUGAGUGUCUUGAUUUAGCAUAUAACAAUGUUCUUAUGGAAUCGCUUCGAUUCUACUUCAAACUUAUUGCCUGGAAACUCGACAUUGAAAAGGAAAAUAGUCUGAGGAUUUGUGAAGUUAUGGAGAAGGAAUGGGAGUUUCUUUUGAGUACGAUUUGCUGUGUCGUUAAUGAAGCCUUUGAUGAGUGCGCUGAACAUUUCUGCCUUGAGGCUCCACUCGAAACUCUCGAUAAUGGCGUCGAAUCUGGCUACACAAAAAUUCUGCACACUAUGCGUAUGCGUGCUAGAAAACUCCUCCAGUUUUCAAAGCAAUUCGAGAAUUCUGCAGAGUACUUGGUCGAGACUGAGAGCUCUGAUGAUUUUUCUCAUUGUCUUGUAAGCACUGGGCAUUUCCUUGCUUAUACAGGCACUUUUGAGGAAGAUCGAGUAUAUGUAAUUGCUUCUCCAUCCCUUUAUGGCCGCGAGCACCAGAUUCAACCCAUUUUACAUUCUCAGUUUUCCCACGAAAAAAGUCCUUUAGGAACCCCAGGACCCGGGAUGAAUAAGUUAACAGAAGAGUUUGGAGAUUACAUAAUUCUCUUGUCCCCUUGGCAAAAUAUCAUUUGGACUGGAGAGAUCGUCAAUGUCCCUAUCCCAUCUAUUCCGGUUGGUCUCAAAGCACGUCGUGCACGGUUGAUUACAGGAGAUGCCAGAUUCUUAAGUAUUGCCAAGACAUCCUUUGGAGAAGCUGUCAAGACCUCUGGAGUCCAGGUUAUUCAUGAACAGCGAGCACAUCUUCCAAAACUCAAUAGACAGUUGGCCAAAAUCAAGUCAACCGUAUUUAAACUUGCUCAAGUUACUAUUUCGAGCGUGUGCACCAUCAGACAAAAAACUCUAUCAUUUGGAUGUCAAGAAUUAAUUGAAGAGUGUUUUAGCUUUGCAAGUGAUUUUGGCGUCCGAAGUGCAAAGUUUCUUGACAUGUCAGCUCGCCUUCAGCUGGAUCUCAAACUAGUUCAGUUAGCUAACAGCUGGAUUUGCUUUAUUACUGACGACUGUAUACCGACAGACCGUAAAACUUUCAGAUGGGCUGUGGCUGCUCUUGAGUUUGGUCAUUUUAUGACUCGUGGUGCAAGCAUUCUGUCUCUGAAUGAAAAUGAAUUCGCUACUCUUCAAAGCAAGGUUGCGCACUGCAUUGCACUACUUAUAUCCCACUUUGAUGUACUUGGCACUAGAUGGACACAUGAACUCAAAGAAGAACAGCAAAGGAAACGAGGUGCAGCUACGAAACGGACAUCGUAUAGUAUCAAUAAACGAACAGAUAGUAAAGAAUCUAUCAUGACAAGCUCAACAUUUGGAUCUGCUGCCGACAACACAAUGCUAGCCAACAGUGUUAUUUAUAUCAGAGAUGCGUGGAUGCAAAAGAUCAUUGAUAUUGAAACAAAGCGAACAGAGAAUGAGCAGGAAUGCAAACUUGUUGGUAAAGUCUUGGACGACCAAAAGCCUGAAGACCAGUCCCUUGUCUUUCUUGCACCAUCAUCCUCCAAUCUCUCUUUCAGGUGGCAGCAAGGACGGUUUAUCGGCGCAGGCACCUUUGGAUCAGUUUAUCUUGCGAUUAAUCUCGAUACAUCCAGUGUAAUGGCUGUUAAAGAGAUCAGGUUCCCUGACUCUAGUUCACUUUCGGCACUCCACAAGGCAAUUAAAGAAGAAAUGAAGGUGAUGGAAAUGCUAAACCAUCGAAAUAUUGUACAAUAUUAUGGAAUGGAAGUACAUCGUGAUAGAGUUUUCAUAUUUAUGGAAUAUUGUGAGAACGGAAGUUUAGGCACUCUUCUAGAAAAUGGUGGUCGUAUCGAAGAUGAGCUAUAUAUUGUCAGUUAUGCCCACCAGCUGCUUAGUGGACUGGCAUAUUUGCAUGGAAACAAUGUAGUCCAUCGUGAUAUAAAGCCUGAUAAUAUUCUUAUAGAUUACCAAGGCCAAUUAAAGCUGACUGAUUUUGGUGCUUCCAAGAUUCUUGCCCAAGGACAAAAGACAAUGGGAAAGACUACAGUAAACAUGAAUGCGAAUAGUUUAGCUGGUACUCCUAUGUACAUGGCACCCGAGGUUAUUACAGGUGGUGAUACUGGUCGUAAAGGAUCUAUGGAUAUUUGGUCUCUUGGAUGCUGUAUCGUACAAAUGGCAACUGGCCGACGCCCUUGGAGCACAUUAGAAAACGAAUGGUCUGUCAUGUAUCAUGUCGUUACUGGUCAUCCGCCUUUGCCGGAUGUAUCCCAAUUAUCUACCCUUGGUAUUGAUUUUCUGAAAAAGUGUUUUACUCGUAACCCAAAUAAGCGCCCUUCUGCUGACGAGCUACUCUCUCACCCAUGGAUUGUUGAAUAU